AUGCCGAUAAAUUUUGAGGAAUUUCAUGGAUCACCAAUUGGCGGUCCUAGGGGAGAAUAUCGGACGUAUCAACGUAUUGGAUCGGAGGUUUUUUGGGUGGGAAUGAAGAAAGACAUAGUGGAAAUGGUUAAAAAUUGUGAGGUGUGUCAGAGGAAUAAAAAUCUGAGCGGCAGUCCGGCUCGCCUUUUGCAACCUUUAUCUUUACCAGAUAAAGUUUGGGAUGAGAUUUUUAUCCGAUCAAACGGUAUGAGUUCGAUCAUGGUAGUGGUAGACAGGCUCAGCAAAUACGAUCACUUUGUUAGGUUAAAACACCCUUUUAAUGUUCAAACGGUGGCCGAAGCAUUCAUAAAAAAUAUAGUAAGAUUGCACGGGGUUCCUCGGUCGGUGAUUUCGGAUCGAGACAAGGUGUUCCUUAGUCGAUUUUGGAAGGAGUUGUUCCGUUUGCAAGGAACGAAGUUGAAGUUCAGUUCGACGUACCAUCCGCAGUCAGACGGUCAGACCGAGGUAGUGAAUCAUUGCUUGGAGCAAUACUUGAGAUGUUGGGUGUCAUCUACACCUAAACAAUGGUGCAAAUGGCUCCCAUGGGUUGAACUUUCAUAUAAUACCUCUUUUCAUACGGCCCUUAAAGUGUCUCCUUUUAAGGUGUUCUAUGGAAGAGAUCCUCCUCCUUUACUCCAUUAUAAAGCAAACUCAUCGAGGGUACAAUCGGUAGACCAAGAGUUGACUGAUAGAGAAGAAAUGCUUGAUGAAGUGAAAUUGCACUUGCUGAAAGCUCAAUUUCGUAUGAAACAGUAUGCUGAUUUGAAGCGAAAAGAAGUAGAGUUUGUGGUACGAGAUUGGGUUUUCCUGAAGUUGCGUCCUUAUAUACAGAAAUUGCCGGUAAUGGGGAAUAGUCUUAAACUUCUGUCUCGUUUUUAUGGUCCGUAUAAAAUGCUGGAAAAGAUUGGGAGUGUGGCGUAUCGUUUGGAUCUACCGAGUUCAGUGAAGAUUCAUCCGAUUUCGGACGAAUUGGUGUUACAAGCUGUUCCGGAAGACAUUUUGGAUGUAAGACAAAUACCAAAUGGUGAUGUGGGUCAAGUUGAGGUUUUGGUAAAAUGGGAAGGAAUGUCGGAUUUUGAAGCUUCUUGGGAGAAUUUCGAGGCACUUCUUCAACAAUUUCCUAAUUGUCACAUUGAGGACAAGGAUAUUUUGGAAAACAGAAAGAUGGCUAACGGUGAUGAAGCUAGUCACACCCCAUGUAACGACAAUAUAGGAGAAAAUGCUCCACACCUGGAGAUUUAUGAUGAUGAGGCACCGAUGUCUCCUCGAAGCGAACGUAAGGAGAAAGAAACGGGUGACACCUCAAAACCCAAAACCGAUCGAGUCCCUUUUAAAACCUUUCGUGGUAGCGGUGCUACUGAGUUCUUUGGGAAGGUUGAUCCAUUGGAGGCACGUGAAUGGAUAUUGAAUACUGAGAAGGUCUUUCGCAUCAGCCGAGUGCUAUGUGAUGAUAAAGUGAAUUAUCUCACGACCAUGUUCAAAAGUAGGGCCUUGAUAUGGUGGAAUGCUACUUUUGCAGCCUUAGGUGAAACUGAAAAAGAAGGUAUGCCUUGGGAGUCUUUCAAAACUCGUUUUAACAAGCAAUAUUGUCUAAUUGAUCUACAAGAACGAUUGGAGAAGGUGUUUCUUGAUCUUAAUCAAGGAAAGAUGUCAGUGGUGGACUACGGGAUCGAGUUCAAUCAUAAAGCACAGUUUGCCACACGUUUCUUGACUACAGAACAUGAACGUGUAGACCAAUUUAUAGACGGAUUGUGA